AUGGUUUUGAUCGACAAACAUUCUUACCUGUCGCAGGAGGAGCGGCGCUUGAAGGAAGACCGGGAACGCUCCCGAUACUGGAAACGAUGGGGUCCCUAUGUCGCUGAAAGACAAUGGGCGACAGAUUUCUCGCAUGACCAUGCCCGGUCCAGAGCUUAUCGCUGGGGCGAAGAUGGGAUCGCCGGAGUGUCAGAUACCCACGGAAUUCAGAACAUUGCGUUCGCAUUUUGGAACGAGAAAGACGAUUUCCUGAAGGAACGUCUCUUUGGCCUGUCCAAUCCCCAGGGAAACCAUGGGGAGAGCAUCAAAGAAGCUCAUUUCCACCUCGACAACACCCCCACGCACUCCUACAUGAAAUACCUUUACAAGUACCCUCAGAAGAAAUUCCCCUAUAAAGAUCUUGUAGACGAAAAUGCCCGCCGCGGGAGACUCGAACGCGAAUACCAGAUCUUGGACACCGGCGCAUUCGAUGACAAUCGGUACUGGGAUAUCUUCAUCGAAACAGCCAAGGAGGGCGAUGACGAAGAAGAGCUUCUUUUCCGUGUCAUUGCCUACAAUCGAGGCCCUGAGCCCGCUCGGCUGCAUAUCGUUCCCCACGUGUGGUUCCGCAACACCUGGGCCUGGGGUCAUGAGGACCCCUCCCUGAAACCCUCGAUCGAAAAGGUCAACCCACUCACGGCAAAGUCCUCGCACCACAAACUGGGAGAAAGAUAUGUGCGGUUUGCGCCCUCCCCUGCAGCCGGUGACUCCCAAGAAGAUGUUCUGCCGCAGAUGCUUUUCACCGAGAACGAAACAAACAAUGAAUUCCUCUGGGGAACCAAGAAUGACCAGCCGUACGUGAAGGAUGCCUUCCAUCGGCACAUCGUGGACGAGGAGAAGAAUGCGGUCAACCCGGCCAACAAGGGCACCAAAUUCGCCGCUUGGUAUGCCUUCGACCAAGGGGAUGGGAUCCCUCCGGGAGAGUGCGCAGUCGUUCGAUUUAGGUUCUCCCGGAGACAAGAGGCCUUUGUGGAUGAAGAGGUGCUAGACGAUGUGGUUGAGCAGCGCAGGGCCGAGGCAGACGACUUCUACUAUCACAUCAGUCCUCUGCCCAUGAGUGACGAUCUUCGCAACAUCCAGCGACAGGCAUUUGCAGGGAUGAUGUGGACGAAACAGUACUAUCAUUUUGUCUGGGAUCAGUGGGCGAAUGGAGACCCUGGCAUGGUACCUCCUCCGCCUGGUCGAAAGCAUGUCCGCAAUCAGCAGUGGAAACAUCUGUACAUGGACGACAUCCUCUCGAUGCCGGACUCGUGGGAGUAUCCUUUCUUCGCGGCGUGGGAUACCGCAUUUCACUGCAUCCCGUUGGCAAUGAUCGAUCCUGAGUUCGCAAAGAAACAGCUAGAUCUUCUGACGCGAGAAUGGUACAUGCAUCCCAACGGACAGCUCGCCGCGUAUGAGUGGAAUUUCGGUGACGUCAAUCCCCCAGUCCACGCAUGGGCUACCUUCAGAGUCUUCAAGAUUGAGCGGAAGAUGUACGGCCGUCAGGACUUGGACUUCCUCGAGCGCGUGUUCCAGAAGCUGCUGCUGAACUUCACUUGGUGGGUGAACCGGAAGGACCAAGAGGGCAAGAAUGUCUUUGAGGGCGGGUUUCUCGGUCUGGACAAUAUUGGUUUGUUCAAUCGAUCGGAGCCCCUUCCCACUGGGGGUGUACUCGAGCAGGCGGAUAGUACUGGAUGGAUGGCCUUCUACUGCUUGUGCAUGCUGAACAUCGCCCUGGAGCUGGCCAAACACCGUCGCAUCUACGAAGACAUUGCAUCGAAGUUCUUCGAGCACUUCAUCCUCAUCAGUGAUGCAAUGACUUUCAGGUCUGGAGGCCAAGAAUCGUCCCUCUGGAAUGAGGAAGAUGGAUUCUACUACGACGCCAUCUCCUACGGCGAACCGUGGACCCAGCAGCUCCCCGUGCGUUCACUUGUGGGACUUAUUCCGCUAUACGCGGUCCUCACACUCGAGCCCGAGCUAAUCAACAAGUUCCCCACGUUCAAACGACGGCUGGACUGGUUCAUCGAGAACCGCCAGGACGUAGCGGAGCGCAACAUCGCCAGCAUGAAACGGCGCGGAAAAGGCGAGCGUCUCCUCCUCGCACUCGUCAGCCGCAGCCGGCUAGAACAGAUCCUGAAGCGCAUGCUCGACGAGACCGAAUUCCUCUCUGAACACGGCAUCCGGUCCAUGUCCAAGUACCACGGCGAGCACCCGUACUCCAUGACAGUGAACGGCCAGGAAUUCCGCGUCAGCUACGUGCCCGGCGACUCGGACAGCGCGCUCUUCGGCGGCAACAGCAACUGGCGCGGCCCCGUCUGGCUAUGCGUCAACUUCCUCCUCGUCGAGUCGCUGCUGCGCUUCUACAUGUUCUACGGCGACUCGCUCCAGGUUGAAUGUCCCACCGGCUCCGGCGACUACAUGCACCUCGGCCAGGUCGCCGAGGAGAUCCAGCAUCGGCUGCAGCACCUGUUUGCGCGCAACGACGAGGGCCGCCGCGCCGUCCACGACAACUCGGACCUCCUCGACUUCGACGACCACUGGAAGGACUACAUGUGGUUCCAUGAAUUCUUCGACGGCGACACCGGCCGCGGCCUGGGCGCCUCGCAUCAAUGCGGAUGGACCGGGCUGAUCGCCAAGAUCAUCCACGAUACCGGAAUAAACUGCCGUCUCCCGCACACCCCGCGGUCACCCUUCGCCGCAGCAUCGCACUACUUCGACGACAGCUUCCAUCGCUCUGUCAGGGGCGGGAGCCGCCGCAGCAGCCGUCGACCCAGCGUGCGUCGCUCGUCGACGAGUCGCUCCAUCGGCAACCGCAGCGACUUCGAGUCUGCCUUUACGCCGGAUACACCCGGGGCAGAGAGCGUCGUCGACGAGGACGACGACCAUGUCUCGCAGUAUGUGGAGAGCCAGCUGCAGCGCGUGCGCAGCCAGGCGUCCAUGGGCACGUAUGAGGAUGAGUUUGAGACGACGGCCGAUCAGACACCUAAUGGACAUUAG